GAGCUGAAAGACAGCCCAGCGGGGUGAGGAAGAGUGCUGCCUUUCUCCUCCUUGGAAGCAGAGGCAGCUCUCUCCCUCGCCAGUGUUUAUCAGGAGAGACCAAGAAGGCAGGAAGCUUCUCCCAGCAGGGUUGAGCUGAAGCACAGAGGAUCCACUCCAAGGGUUGGCUAGUCCUGCAGAGAUGGAUCCAAUCCCUGACCUAUAUGGGACCCCUGGGGACAUGCUGGACCACUUCCUGAAGCACAGCCUUCAGCCCCAGAGGGACUGGAAGGAGGAAGGGCAGGAUGCCUGGGAGAGAAUCGAGAAAUUCUUUCGGGAACAGUGCUUCCGUGAUGAGCUGCUCCUGGACCAAGAAGUCAAAGUGAUUAAGGUGGUGAAGGGAGGCUCCUCAGGAAAGGGGACGACGCUGAAUCACAGAUCUGACCAGGACAUGGUUCUGUUCCUAAACUGCUUCUCCAGUUUCAAACAUCAGGCGCGAAGCCGAGAACGCGUCAUCAACUUCAUGAAAGAGAAGCUGGUUCGCUGUAGGAACAGCCUGGCCUACAAAAUCACUGUGGUUACACACAGAGAGGGAAACAGGACCCCUCGCUCCCUGACCUUACGGAUCCAGUCCAAGAAGAGUAAUGACAUCAUCCCGAUGGAUGUUCUCAUGGCUUAUGAUGCUUUGGGAUCCUUUUCCCGAGACUCAAAACCAGCACCAGAAAUCUACGAAAAGCUAAUAAAGAGUAGGGGCUACCCCGGGGAAUUCUCCCCGAGCUUCACAGAGCUGCAGAGGCAUUUCGUGAAGAGCCGCCCUGUUAAACUGAAGGACCUCCUCCGGCUAGUGAAGUUCUGGUACCUGCAGUACCUGAGACGUAAAUACAGAAGAGCACGAUUGCCCUCCAAGUAUGCGCUGGAGCUUCUGACCAUCUAUGCCUGGGAAAUGGGCACAGAGAGCAGCGAGAGCUUCAGAUUGGAUGCAGGGUUUGUAGCCGUGAUGGAGCUCCUCAGGGACUACGAGGACAUCUGCAUAUACUGGACCAAGUACUAUGAUUUCCGCAACGAGGUCGUCGGGAACUUUCUCAAAGAACAGCUGAAGGGAGACCGGCCCAUCAUCCUAGACCCAGCCGACCCCACCAACAACCUAGGAAGCAGAAAAGCGUGGGACCUGGUGGCUAAAGAGGCCAAGCACUGCCUGCGGCAGGCCUGUUGCAUCACUGAAGACCCCAGCGGGGGCUGGCAUGUACUGCGAGCAAGGGACAUUCAGGUGAUAGUGAAACAAACAGGAAAAGAACCAUGGAGUCUCUGGAAAAACCCCUACAGCCCCAUCAGAAAGAUGAAAGCAGAUAUCAAGAGGACAAAUGAGCUCCACGGGGAAGUGCGCAUCUCCUUCCAGGAGCCAGGAGGAGAGAGACAACUGCUCAGCAGCCGGAAGACCCUAUCAGAUUAUGGAAUCUUCUCUAAGGUGAACAUCCGGGUGCUGGAGACCUUUCCUCCUGAGAUCCAGGUGUUUGUGAAGUUUCCCAGUGGCGAUAGCAAGCCUUAUGCCAUCAACCCUGAUGCCAUCAUCUGGGAACUGAAAGGGAAAAUUGAGGAUGAUGGAGGCCCUUGUAUGGAGGAUCAGGUACUGAUGCUGGAAGAUGAGGAGCUGGAAGACUAUCACAGCCUUGACUAUCUACAGAUCAAAGACUGUGACACCAUCCAGCUCAUUAGGGUUAGCUGAGUUCUAGUCUAGCUGUUCAUGGCGCCAGUGCCCAUUGUCAACUCCCCACCUCAUCCCUCUAUGCUGACGCUGCAUUCUUUCUGUAGCCUAACAAUCAACAUAUCCUUGUCUUGCUUAAAACCCUCCCAUGUUUUCCUGUACCUAGAGAAGGAGUUCCAAGUUUCUUUUCCCAAUACUUAAAGUCAUUUCUAUCAAUCAAGCUGAGCCCUACUUGUUCCCCCUUCCCCACUCGAAACAUACCAGAGACUGCCAAACGCUCAGCACUCACACUGAAUGCUGAGUCCCAACUUCAUCGCUUUCAGUUGGCUAUCUUCCCCCAACCCAUGUUUUUAUCUUUCAAGACUCAGACUUGUAAGACACUGGAUCUCCAAAUAUGGAACUCAGAUUGAUAGAAUCAUCAUCACUCUGGGAGCCUCUUAGAAAGGAAAAUUAACCCAAGCCAGAUACUCCACUGAGGCUCCGCAGUCUGUCUUACCAAGCCUUCCAUGCCAUUCUGAUACAUGGCUCAUAUCUGAAAACUAUACGGCCCUUGCAGCCAGCCAAGUCAUCUUAUGCUUCUACCCUCUCCCUUCAUCCACAUUAGACUUCUGUGAAGUAUGUGGGCUCUUAAAUCAUGUUGUUUUGUUAGAUUUAUCUCCUAGUCUAAUGAGACUUGAUUUUUUUUAAAAUGCCUUUUGGUCUAGAAUGGUACUGAUCCAGCGCAAAUGUAUGAUAUGUACUUGUUGAAUAAAUGAAUGUCUCUGAA